GUGUUUUGGCCAAGAAAUGGGAAAUGCAGCUCAAGACAUGCAAGCCGCAGAGAAAAAGCCCUAAGCUUAUUAAUAGCAAAUGAAGAAAUGUCAGGAAAAAACAGCGCAAAAUGUCAGCGCCAUGUCAGAAAGCGCAUUAAACAAGGGGAACGGGAAAAGUGCUGGGAAAACAAGGCGGGCGAAAGUUAAAUGAAAAUGGAAAAUAAUUAGCAAACAACUGCAGUGAAAAGCAACAAAAAACAGAAUGAGAAAAACGGAGGGGCCUUGUCAUGGCUCGCCUUGCUGCCCGAGAUUACGAUAAUUAUAUUAAAAAUAAACUUUUUAUGGUAUUUCAUUCAUUUUUAUUAUUAUUACCAGAGUGUUUGACCUUGUGUUGCCCCAAAUAAAAACAAAAGAAACGCUUUAGCCACUGGAAGAACGACCAUAGCAACAAAUAGCGAUAAGCAUGCCAUUCGCAUGACAUGCAAUCCAUUCAAAAUGUCCCAACUAAUUAAAGUGCACUUCCAAGCCCUCUGGUUUUUCUAUAUUUCCACCUUGGAUUAAUCAUUUUUAAGCUUUUUGCAUACUUUUGGGCGAGCAGGCAUUGUGGCAUUGCAAAUGCAAUUUAUUCAAAUGCAAAAAAAAUCCUCGUCUUUCGUAACCAGAGCUUAAGCUGCACUUUAUCGCCAGGUAAAUAUAAAGAGGUCAAAGGGGAGGGUUACGAAAGGUGCGAUAAAAACUGAAAAAAUAACAAACGCAUGCAACCUGGCAAAAACAACAGCAAACAGCAAUAAAAAUAUGAAAUAUACAUGGAGAAAACGGUUUAUUUACAUAUGAAACACGAACUCUAAAUACACUUUUUUGUACAAGAAUAUAUUGUCCACAAUGGUGAAUUUUUCCCAAAAAAUCAAAACUCAUUAUGUAGGGAAUGUACUUUAAUUUGUAGGUAUUUAGGAGGCGGAACAUUUACAGCUUUACAUGGAAUUGCAACGAAAUGAGCCCGUGACAUGACAUGCCGACGCAGGCCUGACAUGGAAAUGUGAGGAGCCAGUGUGGAUAUGGAAAAAAGUGGGCACUUGAAGGUAACUGGGGACUUAAAACUCGCAUGAUGGACGGACAGGCAGAAGACUGAUGGUUCUGACGCAUGGAGAGUGGGAAAAUACGAGUGGCAGCCAGUGCGAUAACUUUUUUACUUACGAAUACUAACAAUUGCUGGUCUUGCGACCCCCAACAAUCCACUCCCUUCUCACUUUGGUAAUUGUAUUCCUCUUGCUAUAUUCCGGCUUAUUUUGGGCUGGGGUAAUUAUAUAAGGCGUUUUCGGCAAGUUCAUGAAAUUUGUAUACCAAGGACAUGUUAAUUAAAAAAUUUCGUCAAAUAAUAUGGCUUACCGUGAAAAGUUUGACUGAAAAGUUAAGGAAAAUGAGUCAGCUGGUGCUAUGAUAUCAUCCAUUUUAAAUUGGCUUUCUAAAGUUAUCUCGAAGUCUAGCAGGUUCAACUUUGUAUCGCUCCAUGUUGGCUAAAAUGUCACAAUUUAAUUGACUUAUAGCAACUUUCAUUUUUACACCAUUAAACUUUCUAAAACCUUUCCCAAUGUACUGUUGGCAAAACUAAAUCCCACCUGCUCCAAUUUCACUUCAAACAAUUGGUAUUUAUUCAUUAGCUAAUUAACUAAGCGCCGUCACCUUCUAUUUGAUCGGGCAAACAUUGGCUUUGUCUUUUUGGCCAUCCCCCGGAUUUUGGCAAACACAACGUAAAAGCUGGAAACGUUUAGGGUCUGCUGGUUGUUCUCGAAUUUCACUUUCGUUGGUAUCAAAUAUUUGCGGUUGACAAAGAGAUAACAAAGCAAUCCGAGCGACUUAAACCAAGUGGCAAUAUGAAGUUCUUGGCCCUAAUUGUAUCGACCUUUUUGAUCCUGAGUCUGGCAUCUCAGCUGGAGGCUCGCAGGCGAUUCUACUGCCUGUGGAGCACCAAAAGGACCUGCUCCAAGAGCACUCCCACAUGCAUCCGUCUGCAAACUGGAGUGGCUAACAAUGUGGCCACCUACACUUGCAAAUACUAUCGCAGCGAUUGCCAGUAUCUUCUAGAUAGUUGCAAGGGCGAGACAAGUUUUGGCCUACUUGGAUCAUCGGCGGAUGUGCAAACCAAUUGUGUUAACAAUGGUAUCGCAAUUGGAGGAACUGGAGCCUGUUAG